ACUGCAGGGCUAAUCAUGAGCACAGAAUGAGAAUACACAGAGGCUAGAUUGUCUCAAUGUCCACAACUGAUGUCCCUGUGUCCUCCUCAGAGUCUGGGGUUUCCGAUGCAACCGUCUCCUCAAAAACCGACAUCCCCGAGGUGUCCUCAAAACCCAAAGGACAGAGUGCUCAGGAGGAAGAUGAACAUGCAGAGCUUCUAGCCAAGCUAGAGCAGGCCAAUAAAUUACUGGAGGCAGAUGAAAAAUCCCUGGUGAGCCUCAAUGUUGCCCCCUCUCCAACCCCCAGUCACUCCAGAAAGGGGUCAGGGUCCAGUGUGGUGUCCAGUACAUCAUCUAACAGUCAUUACAGCAACCAGCAAUCCACUGAGGAACCAGACAAUACAAAAAGACCAGAACAGUUGCGAAAAACACCACCAGACACUGCAACAGGAAAUGUUUGGGAAAUAUGGGGGAAACUUGUCAAUGACUGGGACAGUGCAAGAAAGAAGACUUCACUCAUCAAGGAGUUGGUAAGGAGAGGGAUCCCUCAUCACUUUCGAGGCCUGGCCUGGCAGCUGUUACUGGGAGUUCAUGACUCCCCCCACAAACAACAGUAUGUGGAGUACCUUAAACAAACCUCCCCUAGUGAGAAACUCAUUAGGAGGGACAUAGCCCGCACUUUUCCGGACCACGACUUCUUCAAGGAGAAGGAUGGACUGGGUCAAGAGAGUUUGUUUAAUGUUAUGAAGGCAUAUUCCCUACAUGACAGGGAAGUUGGUUAUUGCCAGGGAAGUGGAUUUAUAGUGGGCCUUCUACUUAUGCAGAUGCCAGAGGAAGAAGCUUUUGCCGUCCUUAUUAAGUUAAUGCAGGACUAUCGUCUCAGAGAGUUAUUUAAACCUAGCAUGGCUGAACUCGGCCUGUGUAUGUAUAAACUGGAGUGUCUUAUACAGGAGCUGUUACCAGACCUGUACCUUCACUUCCAGUCUCAGGGCUUUCACACGUCCAUGUACGCAUCAUCAUGGUUCUUAACACUGUUUGCCACCUCAUUUUCGCUGUCUCUUUCAUGUCGCAUCAUGGAUCUAUUUAUUUCUGAGGGUAUGGAUGUGAUAUUUCGCGUGGGAAUUGCAAUACUACAAACUAGUCAAGAGGAACUCCUGUCUAUGGAUAUGGAAGGAAUGCUGCAGCAUUUCCAGAAGACCAUGUUUAGUCAGUAUGAGGGAGAGCCAGAUAAACUUUUUGCCUCUGCUUUUGCUGUCAAAUAUAGUGCCAAAAAGAUGAAAAAAAUAGAAAAGGAAUACACAGCACUAAAAAGCAAAGAGAAUGAAGACCAGAUAGAAUUAAGGAGAUUAAGAACAGAAAAUAGACUUCUUCGUCAACGAAUUGAUGCCCUUGAAAAGGAAUCUGCCUCAUUAGCCGAUAGACUAAUUCAAUACCAAGUAACCAGAGCACAGGAGGCUGAAGAAACGUACGCCCUGAAAAACAAUCUGUCCACAACGAAACAGAAGCUCCUCGAUACAUCACGAAAACUCGAGGAAGCUAACACACUUAUAGGGGAUAUAAAGGAUAGGACCAGCAGUAUCACUUCUGCCUCCUCAUUAGAUGAAGAUGAGGCUCAGAAUGUGAUAGGUCAUCUACAGGAAGAGGUCAUCGCUCUACGUCUGAAGGACGCUGACACUGAAUCACUGGUCAAGGAGCUCCGGACUAAAAUCAAGGAACUGGAGGACACAAACAUACAGCUACAGAAAGCUCCCAGCAAUGAUGUCCAACAUUUACAAGAGGAACUUAUAGCUGUCAAACUGAGGGAAGCUGAGGCUAAUCUCUCUCUGAAGGAAAUGAAGCACAAAGUCUACGAUUUAGAGUCGCAGUGGGAGGACUACCUUAUCAAGUCCAGUCAAGACCCUUCUUCUCCAAAAGAUAAAAAUAGUAACAAGCACGAGAUUCGGCAACUUCAGGAGGAGGUGAUGUCUGUCAAAAUUCGGGAGGCAGCGUCCUUGUCAGAACUGAAGGAGGCCAAACAAAAAGUCAUGGAAUUUGAAACACAGAACCAUAUCUGCACAAAUCAAAUCAGGAGAAUGGACGAGGAGAACAAGUCCCUGAAAUCUCAGAUAGAACUUCAGGAGGCUCAGGAAAAAGACCUCAGGAACCAGAUCAAAGAAAUGUGUAGAAAAAUGGACAACUUAGAGGCACAGAGAAAAGAAGAGUCUGUGAUGACAAAAAUCAAAGAUGCCGAGCAAGCCCAGACUUUGGCAGAACUCAAACGAAAAAUAGCUGAACUUGAAAUCCAGAAGGAGGAACUUCUCACAGCUGAUCGAUUGGAUGCAAAAGAUGGCAGCCAAGACUUGGCCAACCGAAUCUAUGAUCUACAAGAUGAAGUACUCCAACUGAGGCUAUCCCACAAUUCCUCAGUAUCAAGACCACCAUAUCGUAAUGGUUCUUUGAGUGAAAGUGAUGAGGAUAAUGACGAAGACUUGGAAAAUCCAGACACCUUAAACCGAACUUUGUCUGACAUCAUCGAAGGCAAGUCCCCAGUCAGUGUCUUAUCUUCAUCCCUUUUCCACAAUUCAUCCCCUGAGAAAAGCACAUCAAAGUCCUCAGAGGAGCUUUCAAACAAUGGACAGACCUCUGGGAUGGAUCAGUGCAUUGAAACUUUGUCCCCAAUCUGUUCCCCAAGCAAAGUGCAGAGUUCAGCAUUAAACAGUGACUGUGAUACAAAUUUAGGUCACUCAGAAAAUGGUGCUUUAUCAAAUCCUUUACAAAGUAAUGGGACCGGUGCAAAGACAGUGGUAAAUAGUGACUCAUGCAAUGGACUCUCCACAAGUUUAUCUAAUGGGGAACUAAGCAAUGCUAAUAAAGAACCCACAGUGACUUCUCCAGAGUGCUCAACACAAGAAAGUGUGUCAUAGUAAAGGGGAGUAAAUCAGGUCUGAUUAUUGUUGGAUAUAUUCGUGAAAGAAAAAAAAAUAUUUUCUUAAAUUUAUUGUUUGAUUAAAGAACUUAUUGAUGCUAUAUGGUUUAGUUUUAAAGAAAUUUAGAUUUGGAUGAAUGUUACUAGAGAUUUUUGGGUCAUUGUAGAGGAACUUGUGUAAAAAUGUUGUGUAACCCACCAUACUUUUUCACAAAACGUGCAUAUAUAUAUUAUUCUAUUCUUGGACUAUUUGCAUGGUUUUGGUAAAUUGCAGUAUUUUCCUCAGAAACAAACAAAUUUGAAUAUUUUUGGACAAAUAUGUUUAAAACAAGGAGAUAUAUUCCUAAAUUUAUCUCCAGGAAAAAUUUUACAGGUAUUUGAUGUUUGGAGCUUUGGCUCUGAGUAAAUCAGAGCAAAUAUGAUAUUUCUUUGAACAAAUAAGAGUACCAGCAUGGGAAUCAAAAUGAGCAAAUAUUUCCCUUGUUUAGUCAAUAAAAAUAAGGACUUAUGAAUAGUAUUUAUGGCAUGAUGGUAUACAUGUAUUUGUUGAAACAGAGAGGGUUUUUUCCUCAUUCCAUGUUCAUGCAUAUAAUUAUUUAAAAGAAGACUGACUGCAUGAAUUUAAACAAAAUUUGCCUGUCAUCUACUCAGUAUUUUGUGCACACAACCUUAAGUUAUGUCUGGUUCACUUUGAUUUUUAGAAUUGUAUGAGUUUAUUUAGAUAUUGAAUGGGGAUAAGAUCACCAUUAUUUGCAAAUAUUGUUAAUACUCACUGGAGUUCAUGUGCCAAAGAAUUUUGCAAGUAUUGUUUAUGCUACAUAAAAGAGGUAUUUAUUUUUCAAUUGAGGCUUGUUGGAAGUAGUUUAGAAAUACUGGCAAUUCUGCAUGAUGGAAAUCUUAUUUUAAAGAAAUAGAAAAGUAGGUGCAUUUUGAUGUGUCUUCUGAAAUUGUUUUGAACCAGGAUGAUUGGGGGGGGGGGACAUGAAACUAUUGUGUUAAAUGGUAAUAUAAUCUUAAAUACUUCACUGUUGAUUCUUCCUGGUCUGUUCAGAGACUUUCUAGAAAAAUCUCAAUUCAAAAUCUUACCUCAGCUAGAGUUACUGCCCUUUCUCAUACACAGAUAUAACUAAUGUCUCCCCCUCCUUCUUUGCAAUAUUAUCAUAACAUUUUUCUUAGGCCUUAAGGAGUGAAAUUAAAAUCCUAGUGGUCUUUAAUUUAUCUACAAGAAUUCCAGCUCAAAUAUCCAGAAGACAGUUUAAUGAAAAAGCAACAUGUAGAUAUAUCUGAAUUGAUUGUUAUUGAAAUCUUUUUCUACAAAUGUUUAUGAAUGCAUUGAUUGAAAUGUGGUUGUGAUUAGGGAAUAAUAAAAAAAGAAGUGGAAACCCAUAGCUACCAAUACAUGCCUGCGAAACAUAAAAAUAUUUAUCUUUUACUACUGGAUUUUAACGAGUACUCAGUUUAAUAGUCUGUCAUUAGGUUGUAACCUGGUUACUUCCCAUGAAUUUUGUUUUUUAUAUUAUAUAAUUUCUGUUGGUGGAUAUCUUAUUGAGAUGAAUACAAGAUAUGUUAUUUGAACUUUGUACCAUUACAAUAAAAAUAUACGAACAUGUU